CAUAGUGUAGGCUGGUAGUCGUGAAUGCAAAUGUCAGGAUUUAUCCUACCAUUCAAAAGACUAAACCGGAUUCUGAGGAGUAGGAAAGUCUGUUUCUAGAAUUCAAAAACAGGACUAGCGCUGGGACCACGCAAACAAAUCCGUCAUGCGAUUGAGACACAUAAAACCAUUGGUAGGCGGGGAGGGUGGUAAUUGAAUGUGGUUGCUGUUGGUUGCGGACGCUACUGCACCGCUCUCAAUGGCUUAACGGUGCCAACCGGACUUAUUUUUCCUGUCAACGGUCCCUCUCUCGCUGGAGAUAAUGAGAGGAUGGCCAAGCGGCUUGCCCCUGCGCUACAACAAGACCAAGACGAUGAACUGAAUCCCGGCCAUGUGAACAUGGAUUGCGGCGAUGAAGAAGAUGAACUGUCGUUGGAUGAGAUUUUAAUGCUGUACGGCCAGCCGAUCAACGAGGAGCAAGCAUGGGCUGUUUGUUACCAGUGCUGCAGGUCUUUGGCGCAGGGACAUCGGAGAAGAAAUUCUAAGUCUGCCACCGCUUCGGUGGGGGAUCACGCAAGAAGGAUUGAGGGACCCGGGGAUGUCAAAAUUCAUAAAGACGGGAUGGUCAGGUUGCAGUUUCAGGGCAGACCAGAUAAAUAUGGUUCCCCGUGUACAUCAUCAGAGGUGAUCGAGUCGCUGGGCAUCAUGAUCUACAAGGCUCUGGAUUUCGGCCUGAAGGAGAGCGAGGAGCGGGAGCUGAGCCCGCCCCUGGAGCAGCUCAUCGACCUCAUGACCAACAUGCCGGAGUCGGAGCGCGACGCCUGCCCCGACGAGGGCUACGAGGCCACUGAGGAGGAGGAGGAUGAGGACGGCGAGGAAGGCCUCGCCGGCGCCGGUGCCUGCUACGUUCGAGGCUACAGGGACAUCCUGAAGCUGUGCACCUCUCACCUUCCCAGCCCUUCCGACGCGCCCAUUCACUACCAGGCUGUGUGCCGUGCUCUCUAUGCUGAGACCAGGGAGCUCUGCACGUUCCUGGAGAAGAUCAAGAGUGCCAAAGAGAAUCUGCGGAAGAUGGAGGGGGUCAAAGUCGAGCAGCAGGCCAGGGACCUAAACGAGCUGCAGAACGCUGACUGGGCCCGGUUCUGGGUGCAGGUGAUGAGGGACCUGCGUAACGGGGUCAAGCUGAAGAAGGUGCAGGAGAGGCAGUACAACCCCCUGGCCAUCGAGUUCCAGCUCACGCCCUACGAAAUGCUGAUGGAUGACAUCCGCUCCAAGCGCUACAACUUGCGCAAGGUGAUGGUGAAUGGGGACGUACCCCCCAAGUUAAAGAAGAGCGCCCAUGAGGUCAUCCUGGACUUCAUCCGGUCUCGGCCCCCCCUCAACCCUGUUGCUGCGCGGAAGCUGAAGCCCCACCCCUAUCGGCCCCGGAGCCUCCAUGAGCGAAUCCUGGACGAGAUCAAGUCUGAGAGGAAGCUGAGACCCGUUUCCCCCGAUGAGAUGCGACGGAGCAGGCUCGGCGCUGGAAAAAGCUUCAGUACCCCUCAGGUGUUGUUAUGUGGUCCAGAUGUGUCCAGCCCAGCAACCCAGAGGAACCUUUCCAUGAGCGCGCUUGCGCUGUCCAACGGUAUGCCACCGGCUCAGCGGAAUGGCGCGGGUGGGGCUCAGGCCCUCUCUCAGAGGAAGAGACUCCUGAAGGCGCCCACGCUAGCCGAACUGGACAGCUCCGACUCCGAUGAUGACACUACACGUGUAUCAGCUAGCAGCUCCAGCAUUGCCACUUCAUUGCUGGAUGACACUUCUCCAGAGUCUGCUGUAGGAAAAAAAACUCCGCCCAUGUUCCUGCCCAUCUCCUCCACCCCCCAGCCAGAGAGACGGCAGGCAUCCCAGAGGAGGCACUCCAUCGAGAAGGAGACGCCCACGAGUGUACGCCAGUUCAUGCCCCCAACCCGGCAGAGCUCCAAGUCUCUGGAUUGCGUGGACGUCGGCGGCGAGUUGGAGGAGUUCUGCUAUCCAGUGGAGUGCCUGUCGCUGACGGUGGAGGAGGUGAUGCACAUCAGGCAGGUUCUGGUCAAAGCCGAGCUGGAGAAGUUCCAGCAGUACAAGGAUGUCUACAACGCAUUGAAGAAGGGAAAGCUCUGCUUCUGCUGCCGCACAAAGAGGUUCUCCUUUUUCACCUGGUCCUACACCUGCCAGUUCUGCAAAAGGCCUGUGUGCUCGCAGUGUUGUAAAAAGAUGCGGCUGCCCUCCAAACCCUAUGCCAGCCUGCCCAUCUACUCUCUGGGCUCCAGUGCUCUGCCCAAGGGGGAGGCCGCGGGCCAGGCUGAGAAGCCUUCCACCAGCCACCGGCAUGGCCUGCAGCGCACUGUCUCCAGGCUGUCUAAACACAGGGAGAAGUCCCGGGAUGAGGGCGAACUCCCCAGGGAGCUGACGGAGGACUGGAGCACCAUGGAAGUGUGCGUGGACUGCAAGAAGUUCAUCUCGGAGAUCAUCUCCUCCAGCAAGCACAGUCUGUCGCUGGCCACCAAGCGGGCACGCUUAAAACGCAAGACUCAGUCCUUCUACAUGUCCUCGCCCAAGGCCUCCGAGUUCCACCCCUCCGAGAGAACUAUCAAAGAGGUGUAGACUGCUGCCUUCUGUCCCCCUUCUGUCCUGCCCUGCACCCCCCGUGCUCUGUCUAGAUACCACAGGCCCUUCUGCCAGUGUCUCUGCUGUCCUUUGUUUUUGUCUGGGUUGGUGUUGUCCGUGAGGGCCAGACACAGUCAGCCAAAAUGUGGCUGAGAAAUGGAAGGGGGAGGGGUAAUCUGUUGUCGUCGUUGAUGAUGUCUGUUCCUGUCAUUACCGUGUUGCCGGUUCUUCCUUAACAAAAGAAUGGUUAACUUUUUAAAGUUCUGUAACUGCUGUACUGUACAUACCGGAAUUCCCAGAAAUCCCACUCCUUUCCCCAUCUGACAGAAGUAACUGGAAUAUGAAAAGCGCUGUUUCAGGCAGAGUGAGCUCUCCGCAUGGUACACAGCUCUCAGCAUGGUGCACAAAGUAGCUACCGCCCCCACCCCGGUUAUAGACCGACACUCUUUGGAAUUUGCCCUUGCUUACUCACCCGUAGAAAGAUGAAAUAAGCACAAUUUUACCAGUGACUUUGAAAUGUUGCAUGCAUAGAAUGAUCAUGCAUUUCUUUGAUCACUGAGGUAAAAAAAAAAUCCUUAUGGAGAGUUAAAAGAACAAUUAGUCUGGAUCAUGUUUCAGUGAUCAGUGAUUACUAAAGAAUGGGUACGUGGUAGCCAAAAGCAAUGGCUCUGUCGCACGGGAGAUAUGUCCUGGUGUGAGCUGAACAAAGUCAUAUUUUCUACAAGUGAAUUUUUUGUAGGGUAAAACACUGGUGUGCGUGCGUGCGUGCAUGAUUUCUUUGAGGGCUAUCAGUAAUGGGAGUGUAGCUGAUUACUGUAUUAUUUUAACCAACUACUGUAUUCUCUGGCUUUCCAUGAAAUGUUCCAUGCUUGAAUUUAGCAAAGUUAGCAUUACAGUGCUUGUUAUUUUUUGCUGUUUUUUUAGAUUAAUCUACAUCAUUUUAUUUGUUUCUCCACUCCUAUCACGAUUCCUUUCAUUCUGCCUCGCUAUCUCUAGAUGCCCCAUCGGCACAUAAGGUCAGAUUGACAUUCUCUGAUUUUGCAUGAAGAGCAGGCUGGUUUCAGUCAACAAUUGUCCCUACCUUGACUUGGCUUAACCAUGUCUCAGAAAUAAGUGUUAGUUUUCUUAUAUACAAACACAGUUUUGCUGGUUUGUACAUCACCAAGAUACAUUUUUUCCAAACCAGAAGAAAAGCUAGCAUCACCUUUUAAUUGAAUUCCUCGUUAUGGACAAAUUUUGACUCAAUCCCUACUUGGGUCAGGAAGAAUAUGAUCAAAAUGAAUAAUCAAUUUCCCCUAUAUAUUGGGAGGCUAAAUUAACCUGUCUAAAAUUAUGUUACUUUUAUAUGAUAUUAAUUCAGUGUUACUACUGUAUUCGGGGUGGGGUUAAGGUGUGUGUUCCAAUUCUUUAGUCAUUUCACCCCUGAACAUUGCCUGUUGCCAAAAGGAUUACUCUGUCAGAAUGGUGUGAAGUUGAGGCCCCAUGUAGUUUUUAACCUGUUGUAAAUAUCUUGUGAUGGUGUUCAAUAUGAAUCCAAAGCUGGCAUCUGAUUGGUUCCUCCUUGCACCCAGCAGGCCAAUGAAGAUUUUGUUUGUGUACAUACUGUAUUUCACCAUGGUUCUGAGCUAUUGAACGGUAAGAUUCUUUGUAGAAUUACCUUAUUAUUUGUAUUAAAAUUAUUAUUACUAUUUAGUAAUAUUAUUAAUAUUACAUUUUUUAAUUAACACUAAUUUCUACUCCUGGUAAGGUUGUCAGUGGAAUAUGACUUUUUACUGAGAUUUCCUUUUUUCAUUAUUUUUUUCAGUUGAUGGCUGAUAAAGUUUUACUUUUGAUGUUAUAACGCAAAAGCAUGCACAGUCGUCCUUCAGAGCCAAGCUGUUCUCUGUUAUUAUUAUUAUUGUUCACAAAAGACCUGUCCAAAGACUAAAGGCUAAUUUGACAUAUCUGUUUUUUCCCUUCCUGGCAUUUUCAUUUCUACAUCAUUUUCAUUCUCAAUUUAUUAUGUGCAAGCUUCAGUUUUCUCUCUGAAGGAUGACUAAAAGCAAUGAUUUUGAUUUUGCUGGAGAUGAGGACACUGCUGGUUUUGUGCAAUAAAAGGAACAUUUUCCCCUUCUAUAAAUAUGCUUAAAUAUUAUAUGCAAUGUAGUUAUUAAAAGCACACCCAUCAUAUAUUCCAAUCUUCCUCCUUAUGAACCCUUGCAUCCAGUGUUUGAGUCACACUCUGUCUUUUGAGGGGGGGGGUCUCUCAAUCAAUGGUUGGGUGAGGGGUGGUUAAGAAUGGUUAUUUAAUUAACAUUUUAGCGUCCCCCCCCCAACAUCAGCUUUAACUGCUAUCAGGUGAGCUCCCUGUGGCGUGUGCGUGUAUCACAGUGUUUGCAUCCUCUGUGGUUUUCAGGAUAGCAGGAAUGAGUUUUUAAAUGUUUCAGCUCUAGAAGGUGAAGCUUUCAAUUUAUGAGUAGCCAUUAUCCGCAUCUGAUAGGUUAACAAUUAAAGCUACAGUUUUUCAAAUGGUUGAAAUAAUAAAAAAUAAAAAUAACUUUUUCAGGUCAUAUUUCAGGUAGAUAUUCUGUCAUUUAUAUGUACGUUGUCUAUAAACUGUAUUGGAUGCCCUAGCCUGAAUCCAUUAGACAAAGCUGUAUUCCCAAGCAAAAAGUCUCGCUGAGGCUCAGCAGCUUGUCUUGUCAUCGUGUCACAGCACAAACUAAAACGGCAAACCUUCAGUUUUUUUACCUGAAUCAGUCUUUUCUGUCAUUUUUGGUUUCCUUAGAUUAUAUAUAUAUUUAAACUGCGUCAGGAUUCAUGGGAAUGUGUUGUUUUGGGAGAAGGGCUGCAUCCCUUUCUGUAAACAUUUUAGCUUUCGUACAAUCACUACUGUAUGUCAUACUGAUAGACAUAUCACUGUGCUUAUAAUAGUGUUAUAACCAUGGAUUGGGGUACGUAUAAUUGGACUUUCAAAUUCUGUGCACUACUACUUUGGUUGCAGCCAUGCUCCAACAGAGAUAUGGUAUCCAUAACGAUCCAAGCAAUUAACUGCAGCAGGCAUUUCAUCCAGUGCCAUCACGCAGUUGGUAGUUCACCUUCAGACAAAUGAUGCUGUAAGAAAAUAUAUACCCUGAUGUCUUUGCAUACUUAUUUCACGUAAGCAUGUGGUUGUCACCAUAUGUAUUAAAGGUUAGCUGAAAGAGGAAGGCCUCGUACUUUCUGAUAAGUGAGGCUAAAUUUCCUUCAGUUGAUUUCCAGAAUUUGGUGUUUCUACAUGAAAAACUGUUUUGCAUAUUAUGCUUAAUGCUAAUAACUUUUCUCCCCCACCUGUUGAGGACUAUUUCAAACAUCAUUAUGCACAAAAUAUAGAUUGGUCACAUGCUGCUUUGUGACUACUGUAUUAAAGAUGCCUUCAGCGUGUGAUAUUCAGUGGUCACAGACUGCACCUUUGAGGAAUGGCAUAUUUGUAGACCAGCGGCAUGAUCCAUGCUGGUAGGGGGUAGGGGUGAGGGGUCAGGAGUGCUUCUUGCAGGGGGGGAGGGUGUUGCAUACGCUUGGCCAACCCAUCAACUGCUCCUUUUGAUGUUUUUUUUACUAUUAUUUGCAAAUUAAUUACUUUAAAUUAAGCUGCCAAAGCUGCAAAGCUCAUCGAUAUUUAUUUUGCCUUAAAGACACUACAUUUUAGUUUGUUGUUCCUUUAACAAAUGGCAUUGCAUCAUAACUCCUCUGUUAGCAAGUAGUCUACUUCUACUACAGGGGUGAUUACUGGGCUUCCAUUGCAAACCCUUUGUAUUUUUUUCAAAAGAAUUAAACAGUUUGAUAUUGGAGAUUUUAAAAUGGUAGCAUGGGGCUACGGCGAAACAGUUAAUCUGGCACAUUCCAACUGGUUUAAACUAGAUACAAGAAGGAGCAGCUGGAGAGAAGUAUCCACAUACAAUCGCGUCAAAACUGCAUUUUUUUCCAGCUGUGUUAUAUAUCACUAACUGUGGAGACACUCUAUAUAAUACAGAACGUGAAACCCCCUUUGUUUAGUAUUAAUAUUACAAAGGCAAGGAAGGAUCAUGUUGUACGAGACCCCCAGUCCCCCCCUUGUGUUGCUGCAACAUGCAUGUUCCACUGUGUACCUUGUACCUUCAAUCUGUAGCUGUUUUUUUAAAGGAGUAAUAAUAAAAUUACCUAAAAUAAUAA